AUGCCGAAGCCCCCGCUGCUGCUGCGGGGGAGCCGCCCCGGGGACAGCGAGCUGGGGCGGCAGUUCCGGGACUGGUGCCUCCGCACCUACGGGGACUCGGCCAAAACCAAGACGGUGACCCGGAGCAAGUACCAGCGCAUCGCCGAGGUGCUGCAGGGGGGAGCCGGCUCGGGCACCGGCUCCGGCGGGGGGGAGAAAGGCAAGUUCCAGUUCUGGGUCCGGUCCAAGGGCUUCCGGCUGGGAAGCGGCACCCGGGAGGCGGCGAAGAUGGGUCAAGUGGUGUAUGUGCCGGUGAAAACGGGAACGGGGGCAGAUGGACUGUCGGAGCCUGAGGGCAUCUCUCUGAAACGCGUUGCUGUGGUGGAAGAUUUCUUUGACAUCAUCUACUCGAUGCAUGUGGAGAGCUCAGCAGAGCCAGGCAAAGCACCCAAACAUGCUGGCCAGAAGAAAACCUAUCGAGCGAUUGCAGAGACCUAUGCUUUCCUUCCAAGAGAAGCUGUGACCAGGUUCCUGAUGAGUUGCACUGAGUGCCAGAAGAGGAUGCAUUUUAACUCCAAUGGACUGGAGCCCAAAGAAAAUGAGCCACCCUCCUCUUUGGUCUCUGGAAUCAUUGACUACAACAUGCCUCUCACCUCCACCUAUCUGAAGCAAAUGAAGCUGCGGGUCAUGAAUUCACAGGAGCAGGAUGAGACGUCGGUGAGCAGCGAGGAUUUUGAUAUGAAUGACUCCACAUGGAUCUCGGCUGACCAGCAUCUUAACUCCAGUUUGAGCCCCAGUCAGGACGAGAGCAUGCGCAGCCCUCAGAAUCUCCACAGCCAGGAGGAUGAUGAUUCCUCAUCAGAGAGCUGCAGUGGGAACGGCUCCUCCACCCUGAACCCCUCCACCUCCAGCAGCACGCAGGGAGACAGCACCUUCCCAGAAAUGAACGGGAAUGGAACUGCUGCCCCCAUGGACUUCACUGCUUCAGCCGAGGACCAGCCCAUCAACCUGUGUGACAAGCUCCCGCCUGCCCAUGUCACUCCUUCCUACCAGUCAGACAGCUGUGCUGACGGGCUGCGGAGCCGGGUGAAGUACACAGCAAAGACUACAGCCGAGUCCCCUCCAUACAGUUCUGGCAGUUAUGACUCCAUCAAGACCGAGGUCAGUGGCUGUCCGGAGGACCUGACCGUUGGCAGAGCGCCCACAGCAGAUGAAGAUGACGACGACCAUGACGACCACGAAGAUAACGAUAAGAUAAAUGACUCAGAGGGGAUGGAUCCAGAGCGAUUAAAGGCCUUCAAUAUGUUUGUGCGCCUUUUUGUGGAUGAGAAUCUGGACCGAAUGGUUCCCAUCUCCAAGCAGCCCAAAGAGAAAAUCCAGGCGAUCAUCGAGUCCUGCAGCCGACAGUUCCCUGAGUUCCAGGAGAGAGCUCGCAAACGCAUUCGCACUUACCUCAAAUCCUGCCGCCGUAUGAAGAAGAACGGCAUGGAGAUGACCAGACCCACCCCACCACAUCUGACCUCAGCCAUGGCAGAAAAUAUCCUUGCAGCUGCAUGCGAGAGUGAAACACGGAAAGCAGCCAAGAGAAUGCGACUGGAGAUAUAUCAGACAUCCCAGGAUGAGCCGAUCGCCUUGGAUAAGCAGCACUCCAGAGAUUCCACAGCCAUCACGCACUCCUCCUAUUCACUGCCAGCUUCGUCUUACUCCCAGGAUCCGGUCUACAUCAACGGAAGCUUGAACUACAGUUACCGUGGCUAUGGGACGCUUGGAGGCAGCCUGCAGCCACCCACUUCACUGCAAACAGGGAACCACAGUAACGGUCCUACUGAUCUCAGCAUGAAAGGUGGGGCCUCAAGUACAGCCCCUUCUAACAGCACCAGCAGGGGGAUGCCAGCUGCUCAGCUCAGCCCCACAGAGAUCAGUGCAGUGCGGCAAUUGAUUGCCGGCUACCGAGAGUCAGCGGCUUUUCUUCUUCGGUCUGCAGAUGAACUGGAAAACCUCAUUUUACAGCAGAACUGA